AAUUACAUCACCAUAACAUUACUUUAAACGUAGAGAAAGAGUGAAAGGACUACGGAAGGAAAGUUUACACGAAACAGCUCUCUGCCCAAGCCGGCAUCGGGUAUGCUGCGGCGAGCAGGCAGCGUAUUUCGGGCUUCCUCUGUUUGACCGUGGCAACGAAACAACAGUUAAGCAAAAAAACUUAGGAUAAAACAACAAGCCGAGAAAGAAAUUUGCCAUUUCCGUCAGUAGACCGUGCGCGGAACAGCACCGCUUCCCUUCGAAAGGUUUCCGGGUGUUGUUUCGCUGCGGUACGCAAGUUUUGUGUGUGUGUGCGCGCGCCCCCCGUUGGUCCGUGUAGGUGGCUGUAUGUACCGUACGUGUGCUGCAUCAACGUUUGUGACCAACGCUCCCAUCCCUGGCUAGCAAUCAACCCGCCAACACACAACUAGCACGCACGCAAUUGUUCGACUCCAACUGGCCACCGACAGCUAGGUCCGGGAGAGCUUAGCGGUGGCAGCGAACCAGCAUACCUCACCGGUUGCUACGAUUGGCGGUGGCACCUAGCAACGGUGAAACGGACAGAUUCGUGGGCACUUGGAUGCAUUGAUCAUUAUACCACGAAAGGAAACAUUCACGUGACAGCCAGUGCUUUGUGGAACGUCGUGGGGCUUCUGCCUACGAAAGGUUGAAGAGAAGGGGGUCCGUUCGAUCGACCAGAGCUUGCGCGGCUGGUGCACCGCGCCACACUAUCAACCACACAACUAUCCUCUCAACCUCCAUUCCAUCCAUCAUCAACCUGGCCGAUUAUAAAGUUUCGUUUUUUGUUUAUGAAAUUGGCAGCAAACAACUAAAAGAUGUUGGACUCUCAGCUCAUCUGGUUUCGAGACAUACAGGAUGGCUACAUUCAGGGGCGGAUCAGCGAGAUCGGCUCCACCGAGUACGAGGUCCAGCCGGUCGACGAAAAGCUGCCGAAGCGCAGCUGCAUUCCGGAGGACAUCUUUCCGUCCUGCGAACGACCGUCGGAUAACGAUGACAACUGCGAAUUGAUGUAUCUGAAUGAGGCGACGCUGCUGGACAACAUCCGUAACCGAUAUUUUAAGGACAAGAUUUAUACAUACGUGGCGAACAUCCUGAUUGCCGUGAAUCCGUACAAGGAGAUACCGGAUCUUUACUCUAAAGUGACGCUGAAACGCUAUAGCGGCAAAUCGAUCGGUGAACUACCGCCACACGUGUACGCCAUCGCUGACAAAGCGAUCCGCGAUAUGCGCGUCCUGAAGCUGUCUCAAUCGAUCAUCGUCUCAGGCGAAUCCGGUGCGGGCAAGACGGAAAGCACCAAGUAUUUGUUGAAGUUCCUGUGUGACGCGGUGGCCACAGCUGGCCCCAUCGAACAAAAGAUUCUCGAUGCCAACCCGAUCCUGGAAGCGUUCGGCAACGCAAAAACAACACGCAACAAUAACAGCUCGCGCUUCGGCAAGUUCAUCGAGGUGCACUACGAUCGCCAGUGCCAGGUGGUGGGUGGGCACAUCUCGCAUUAUCUGCUAGAAAAAAGCCGCAUCUGCACGCAGGGCGCCGACGAGCGCAACUACCACGUGUUUUACAUGCUUUGCGCCGGCGCCCCGCCAGCCCUGCGCGAAAAGCUCGAUCUCACGAAGCCGGACGACUACCGCUACCUGGGCGGGUGCACGCAAUACUUCACGCACCCGCACACCGAGUCACGCAUUCCAGCCGGCUAUAAGUCGCGUGUGCACAUCAGCAAGGGACCGUUGAAGGAUCCAAUCCUGGACGACCACGACGACUUUCACCAGCUCGAUCAGGCCCUCGGGCGGCUAGGGUUGGGCGAUGCAGAGCGCAUGCAGAUCUACUCGCUGGUGGCUGCCGUCCUGCAUCUCGGAAACAUCAGCUUCGAGGAAAACCCGGAGGAUAUGAACGGCGGUUGCCGGAUUACGCAGGACUCGCAGUCGUCCCUCGUCGUGACAGCGCGCCUGAUCGGCGUCGAUCCGUCCGAGCUGCGCCAGGCGCUCAUGUCGCGCGUGAUGAAGAGCAAGGGCGGCGGCAUCAAGGGCACAGUCAUCAUGGUGAUGCUUAAAGUGUACGAAGCAAACAAUGCUCGCGACGCGCUCGCCAAGGCACUCUACUCCAAGUUGUUCGACCACAUCGUGUCGCUCAUCAACCGAAGCAUUCCCUUCCAGGCCUCGAGCUACUACAUUGGCGUGCUCGACAUCGCCGGUUUCGAGUACUUCACGGUCAACUCGUUCGAGCAGUUCUGCAUCAACUACUGUAACGAGCGGCUGCAGAAAUUUUUCAACGAUAACAUCCUAGCCGCCGAGCAGGUUUUGUACGCUCGCGAGGGUCUCAACGUGCCGGAAAUCAAGUAUACGGAUAACCAAGACAUUAUCGAACUGAUUGAAUCGAAGGCAAAUGGUAUCUUUACACUCCUGGACGAGGAAUCGAAACUGCCCCGUCCGUCAUAUUCGCACUUCACCACUGAGGUGCACGCCGCUUGGAACGGCCACUAUCGGCUGUCACUCCCGAGGGCAUCCCGCCUGAAGGCGCACCGUUCGCUGCGCGAUGAUGAAGGAUUCCUCGUGCGCCACUUUGCCGGUGCCGUAUGCUACAACACGCACCAAUUCAUCGAAAAAAACAAUGAUGCUCUCCAUGCGUCGCUGGAGGGUCUCGUGCAGGAGUCGGAAAAUCCGCUCCUGAACACGUUGUUCACCGGAGGCGCUGGGGGCCGGCCAGCGGCAAAUGUCGGCAAGCUGGCGUUCAUUUCCGUCGGCUCGAAGUUCAAAUCCCAGCUGGGCGAGCUGCUCGAGAAGCUGCGCAGCAACGGCACCAACUUCAUUCGCUGCAUCAAACCAAACAGCCGCAUGAUCGACCACGAGUUCGAGGGCAGUCUCGCGCUAGCCCAGCUGAAGUACUCUGGCACCAACUCUGUGCUGGAGCUGAUGGAGUACGGAUACCCGUCGCGUGUGCCCUUCAAUGAGCUGCACAGCAUGUACCGCAGCUACCUACCACCCGAGCUCGCGCGUCUCGAUCCGCGCACGUUCUGCGAGGCGAUGUUGAUGGCGCUCAAGCUCAACUCGCACGAUUUCAAGUUCGGCAUUACGAAAGUUUUCUUCCGGCCCGGCAAGUUCGUCGAGUUUGAUCGCAUUAUGCGCUCGGACCCGGAGAACCUCCGCGCGAUCGUAGUGAAGGUGAAGAAGUGGCUGAUUCGCUCGCGAUGGAUCAAGUCGGCGUUCGCUGCCAUCUGCGUCAUCAAACUGAAAAAUCGUAUCAUCUUCCGCAACAAAUGCGUGGUGCUGCUGCAAAAGACGAUCCGCGGCUGGCUGGCUCGGAAGCAGCAUCAACCGCGUUAUCGUGGUAUCGCCAAGAUCCGCGCGGUCGAGCAAAACCUUGGCAAGAUGCACACGAUCGCCGACCAGCUGAAGGCGGACCGUGAGAAGAUGCAGGUCAACAUCCGCACGCUGCAGGCUUCGCUGCUGGCCGCGAUCGAGCGCAUUCGGGGCGACCCGAAGAUGACGGCGGACGCCAUCGACGCGCAGUAUGCGACCAUAAUGCGCAACCUGGACGCUAACAUGAAGCUAAUCAACGCACGGCUGGAAGAGCAGCGUAAUGCCGAGGAGCAGGAGAAGCUCAACAAGAUCAAGCUCGCCCUCGAGGCUGAGCGACGCGCCAAGGAGGAGGCCGAGCGCCGCCAGCGCGAGGAAGAAGAAACGCGUAAAAAGAAAGCAGAGAUAGAGGCACGCCGUAAGGAGGAGGAAGCCAAGCGCGUCCGACAGGAAGACGAGGAUCGUAUGGCAGCCUUAGCCCUACAGGCCCAGCUGGUGAAAGAAGCUCAAGAGGACAUCCAGUACCGACAGCUGUUGGAGCAGGAGCGACGCGACCACGAGCUCGCCCUUCGUCUGGCACAGGAAUCGAACGGGCAGGUUGAGGAAAGCCCGCCUGCGCUGAGAAACGGUACGCCAGAGGUCACGCCAUUGGGCAACGCAAACCGAUUGAUAAGAUCGGAAGCGAUUCGCGCACAACAGCAGCUGGUCGAGAAGCAGAAGCACGACCUGUCGAAAUGGAAGUACUCGGAGCUGCGGGACGCAAUCAACACCAGCUGCGACAUCGAGCUGCUGGAAGCGUGUCGACACGAGUUCCACCGUCGCCUGAAGGUGUACCACGCCUGGAAGACCAAGAACCGCAAGCGCACGACGAUGGAUGAGAACGAGCGGGCACCGCGUAGCGUCAUGGAAGCUGCUGCGCGCACCCAGCCACGCCUUACGCCGAAGCAGGAGAUUGUUCCGACCGGCAGCGUCCAUCGGUACUUCCGCAUCCCGUUCAUCCGGUCGGGCAACGGAGGCGGGCAGGAGAGUGGCGGUACCGGCAUUUCGUCGGCUGAUGACAGCAACAAACGAGGCUGGUGGUUCGCCCACUUCGACGGGCAGUACGUCGCGCGCCAGAUGGAGCUGCACGCGGACAAGCCGCCCAUCCUGCUGGUAGCGGGCAAGGACGACAUGCAGAUGUGUGAACUUAGCCUGGAGGAGACCGCCCUGACGCGGAAGCGCGGUGCCGAGAUACUUGAGCAUGAGUUCAACCGCGAAUGGGAGCAACACGGUGGCAAACCCUACAGCCGCAUGUCUGCCCGGAAGUAGUCAUUCGCACAGACAGCUGGCGAGGCAUGCGUCGGUACGGGUCGCACCAUGAUUCCACGCGUCAAGCGUGUGUCAAUCCAACACCACCACCAUGCGACUGCCCUGCCUUGCUGCAUGGAUUUAUUCUCCAUAAGAAGCCUUUUUAUCUUCCUGUUCCAUUCCAAUCAGUAUUUUGCUGUAUUUUGCGUUGGAUUUCACUUUGCGGAUGGAAAAUUAUUAUUAUUAUUAUUAUUACUAUGAGUAAUCACGCACUAGCGUCUAGUAGUCCAUGUGCCCGAUGUAGUGCACGUUUAGUUUCUUAUUCGUAUGAAUACGACCGCAGAAAUGCUUCCAGACCACAUAGCGCUAUCAAUAGCCCAUUUACACCUGUCAACGUAUGCCUGUAAGACGCAUAUGACUAUGAUUAAAAAAGAAGGUCUACAUCCUACAUCACAUUACACGUAAAUUGUUUUAGCAUUCCGUUGCCCCCGUUUUUCUUGCCUUGCCCCCCGCUUUAUAAUCCAUCUGCCUUUUUCUAACUCUUAAACCUCAUUCGCGAAUGGUGCUCGACGUAUAGUUUGGUAUGCGCCAACGUUUACUCGACGUUGUCCCUUCAAAUCCGUUUCAUUCCUCAAAGCCCCGUUCUCCGUACUUUUCUCAAAGAACUAUCUUUGGUGUAUUUGAUCGGUGUUGUGUCUUAUUUUGGUGCCUUUUUGGUAGAGAGCUAGAAACGAA